ACAAAGACAGUCCCACUCUCUCGGCGUUGGAAGCCUGGGUCCAGUGGCACGAAAAGUCGUUACACCUGGAGAUUUCCUCAGCUGCAUUGGAUGGCCCUGUUGUCUUUUGUGCUCCAACACGCCCUGAGCACUCCACAAUGCUUUGCUGCGUCGCCCUCUCAGCCGUUGAACCUUCUUAUUGGUUUCUUCUGCCUGUUCAGCUGAAGCAGUCUUCACAUGCUGGAAGCCAGCAACUUGAAUUCAGAACAGAAUGAUGCUGGGACCAGUGAGGACUUUUGGCUUAACCAUUCCAUGGCAAACCAGCCAGAGCCCGUGAAAGAUGAUGGACUUAGAAAAUCUCUUGAUCAUUUCUAUGAAGUAUAUGGUCAGGCACUACCCCCUCCAGAGGACGCACUCUCUACAGCAGUAUCUCGUCGCCUUUCUCAGAAAAUCACAGAGCUCAGCAGCCAAGAGAGUCAAAAGUAUGCCCUCCACAGUUUUCAGAUGGCCCAAGUGAUCUUAAACCGGGACGGAUAUUCUGUUAUACAAAGUCACUGUAAAGAUGUUCACUUCUAUCCCCUGGAAGAAGGAAAUGCAUCUCAGGACACACAAAAACCAACGCCAGGACUUUCGACAGAUGUCAUUAGUUUCCUCUUAAAGGAGAGUAAAACAAAACAAGCAUAAUUCAUGUAGGUUAAGGAGCUGGACUGGACAUACAAUUUGUUGUUAGUAGCUGAUUUAAGUGGCCUGACAGGAGAUGUGAAAGCAGAUGGGAAAUAGUGUUUCUAUGAAAAUGAAUCUGCAGAGUCAGGUGCAGUAUGCCAUUCAAUGAAAUGAAGCUGAAAUAAAGAAUUUUGAACUAAAUGAAAUAAAGAAUAUAUGAACUAAAAGAAUGCAAAUAAAGAGCUAAAUCAGAAUAGAA